CCACUAAACUUAUACUGUGCUGUGUAGUUUGACUACAUUGCUGUGGAUAAAGGAAAUUCAUAAAACGGAUUAGAAAAGCGAGACAAAACUCUGAAGAUAUUAAAAUUAUUAAGAGCAACUUGAUCAGUUAGUCACAAAGCAAUCUUUUUGCAAGAGUAAACUAUAUAAUUCAAAAUUGCUGGGCGAAAAUUAAAAAUAUAAACAUUGAGCCUAGAGGGUAAAGUUCGAAUAACAAAGAUAUGGAUAUUAUAAUUAAAGUAAAUAAUCAGUCCAACGGUAGAGAUAAAUUAGCUAGAUUAUUCCAGUAUACUAGCCGGCUUAUAUGGCAUCAGCUAGAAACUAGAAAUGCUAAUAAAUAUUCAAUUGACAGAAUUCGAAAUCUAGAACUUGCUCUCAGUUCUUUCCGUAAAAUCUUACGUCUGGGAAGAUGUAUAGAUAUUUGCUACACUGCCUUGGACAGCAUGCAUAUUGAGGACCCUUUUCUCAGAAUAUCACUUACAGUUAGCAAACUGGCACAUGGACUAUACUUAUAUGCGGACCAUGUUGUAUGGCUAACCAAAAGUGGAUUUCUAAAAACAGAUUCUGAUAACUGGAACAAAACUGCAAACCGAUUUUGGUUACUGUCUAUUAUAGCAAAUUUGGCUAGAGACUUCUAUGAAAUAUUACAUGUCUUGGAAUUAAAUAGGUCAUCAUUUUUAAAACCUUCAGAAUUACUUGGUGUAACUUCUAGGCAAUUUGAUCUGUCUUCCAGUUUAAAACAUGUACAUGCAUUUAUUUCUUGUCACAAAGACAUAUUUAUAGAUACUGUUAAGAAUUCUUGUGAUUUGUUUAUACCUUUAACAGCUCUGGGUUUUACAAAGCUCAGUCCAAGUGCCGUUGGUACAUUAGGAGCUAUAUCAUCAAUAGCUGCCUUGGUCACUAUUAUAAAACCAAUAACUAAGUUAGUUCCAUAAUCUCAUACAGUAUAAUAUGUUAAUUUCCUGAAUCUAAUUGAACUGUAAGGCUGGUUUCAUAUUAUUUUGUGGUGCUGGGUAAGGAUUGUGAUGUUUCUUAAAUACCAUUUAUAUUGCUCGUUGGGAGGGUUAUUUGUUAGGUUUUUUUUAUCAUAGAUAUCAUGUACUAUGAUAUUAAUGUAUUCUAUGUUGCAUCAUUAUAAUCAUGUUGAUUAAAUGUUACAAUUUAAGAUUUUAUCA